CAGCAGCGCCUCUUUGCCAUUCGCCGCCAUCAUUCCACAAGUUUUGUUUGGCGUGUUUGUGGUCAAGUUGCGUUUAAGACUAAAAAACUCACUAGUUGUCCUAUUUUCUUCCAAUUUCCUAGUAUUUAUUUUAUUUUUUACUAUGAGUGAUAGGGAGGUUCCGUUUCUAGGGGAGCCGCUCGCCCAUUGAUCGUAAAGCAAUGAUCGACCGAGACCACUCUCCACACGCGAGGCGGGAAGAGUCUCCAAGAAAUCACAAGGCCAAGAGUUACUCAAGGAGUCCAAGCCGGAGUAGAAAAAUAUCGUAUCGAGAUGGCGACAGAGACCGAGAAAGGCGCCGCGACGACCGAGACCGAGAAGAUCGCAGAUACAGGUCGCGCAGUCGAUCACGCUCAGACAGACGUUACAAGUCCUCGAGAUAUUCACGUAGUCACUCGCGUUCCCCCGGCGACCGGCGGUCGCUCUCACAUAGCCCUAUGUCUAGCCGCAGGCGCCAUUUGGGGACCAGGGACAAUCCAAAACCUUCGCGGUGUCUUGGCGUUUUCGGAUUGAGCGUCUACACGACAGAGGACGAACUAUAUCACAUCUUUUCCAAAUAUGGGCCGCUUGAAAGGGUGCAAGUUGUCAUUGAUGCAAAGACUGGACGCUCACGAGGCUUCUCGUUUGUGUAUUUUGAAAAUACGGACGAUGCGAAAGUAGCCAAAGAUCAAUGUUCUGGUAUGAAAAUAAACGGUAAAAAUAUUCGAGUCGAUUAUUCUAUCACAGAAAGGGCGCACACACCGACGCCUGGAAUAUACAUGGGAAAACCCACCUAUAAAUAUAAUGAUCGUUACGAUCGACGCCGGGAUAGAGAUGAUUAUUAUGGCCGUGGUUCGCGCUACAGCCAUAGACGUUCUCCAUCGCCGUAUUACAGGCGACGUCGUUACGACCGUUCGAGAUCUCGCAGUUACUCGCCUCGGAUAAGAACAAGAGGUUUGGGAUGAAUUAUGAAGUUUAUAUAAGAAAUAGAAUUUUCUCAAGUUACCUUAAAUCACUUCUCUGAAGCUUAUUUCAAUGAAUCAGCUAAACACACGAAAUGAAUUGUGAAAAUACAUCCAUCAAGAGAAUUGAGAAAUUUUUAACAACUCUCUUGAAGAAUGAAAAAUUGUUUUCUUUUUUUAAGUAGAAGACACCUCUCAUUGAAAAUCAGCUCUUAGUCCCACCAAGGCGAUUUGCAUUGUUCACUCAGACCGAAAAUCUGCUCCCAAUUAGAUCAAAACUUGAAAUUUGAAAAUGUAGGAGUUUGGUACGUAGAACGCCAAAUAUACAAACUCAAGACUUUCUUAUCUACUCUGUUCAACAGAUUCACAGUAACAGUUUUCACUUAAUCUAUAUGUAUUUUUUGAAUAUUGUUAGACAUAAUGCAUGUCACUGUAUUCUUUCAGAUUCAUGUUAAACAGCUUAUACUAACUUUUUUAGUCAUUUACUAAUGUGCACAUUCAGUUGUUUUAGUAUAAGGUGAAUUGGAUUUUUUUAGAGUUAAGCCUUCAUCUACUCGUGGAGUAGAAAUACAUAUAGAUUUUCGCUGUAACCCUCCAGUUGCAGUUACAUAAAUUUUUUUUUCCUCAAUAGGUACCCAGAGAAUUUGAAGAUUUGCAGCGAGUUGUACAAACGUCUUAUUGUACCAAUAGCAGUAAUGAAUAAAUUGUCCAAACAUAA